AUGACGUCGCUAUCGAAUCUCGCAAACCAGGAUGAAGCCGACAGCAACACCAAAAGCGCGCCGCCGCCUCUACCACCAAGACCGUCACAAUCAGACGAAAUGAGCUCACCUCCCAGCUACAUGUCGGUCAUGGCCAUGUCGUCACAGGACCCACGAUCUUCAUCGACGCAGUCGCUGGUCCCCGAUCCUGCACUAGAGGACACGGGCCGUCGCCGCAUACUGCUUGUGUACGUCCAUGGCUUCAUGGGCAAUGAGACCAGUUUCAGAAGCUUUCCAGCCCACGUGCAUAACCUAGUUUCUGUCACUCUGGCGGAGACACACGUCGUCCACACCAAAAUCUAUCCAAGAUAUCGCGCGCGAUACAGUCUGGAGCAAGCCAGAGACCAGUUCUCUGCUUGGCUUGCACCACACGAAGACCAAUGGACCGACACUAUCCUGCUUGGACACUCCAUGGGAGGCUUGCUCGCCGCCGAUGUUGCUCUCCUGUUUCGUCACCGUAUCAUUGGGAUCAUCAACUUCGAUGUGCCUUUCGUGGGCAUGCAUCCAGGCAUCAUCAAAGCAGGACUCGGCAGCAUCUUCACAAAAGUGCCUCCGCCUCAAGACCAGGUGCUCACACCCACAGCAGGCGCCAAACCUAGUCGGAUGAGCACAAUUUUCAAUCCAAAGCCUGCCGAUCCCAAUUACAACCCUUCAUUUGCGAACGAUGUCCACCUGCCGGUCCGAAAGGGCUUAGAUAAUGCACUCCACUGGUUCAACAAGCAUUCUAACAACAUCAAAGAGGCCGGCAAGGGGCUAGUCAAGUCGCACUUUGAGUUUGGGAGUGCCAUGGCCGACUACAAGGAACUGAAAGACAGAUACGCGAGAGUGCGCGCGCUGGAGGAAGAUGAUGAGACGAAGCGAAAAUUGGGCAAUCCCGGUUCGCAGGAUUUGAAGAAAGUCAACUCGAGUUCCAGCUCUCCUCCGCCGUUGUCGAUUGAUGUCAAGGAGCACCGUGGAUCAGAACUUGUAGCCGCUACCCCGCCGGAUAUUCUGUCUGCCACCAGCCCGCAGAAGAGCUUUGCAGAUGAGUUUGAAGGUCCGGUUUUGCCAGAUAUUCCGCCUAUUCCCCAAGAACCGCCGUUUGUAGACCUCGCGCAAAUCACCGACAGAGCUCAACGACGAGCCGCGGAGAGGGAGUAUGACGAGGCACUAGAAGAGCACCACAAAGCGAUCAAAGCCCGCAACCGAAUCAUAAACGAGCGCGAGGAUAUUGAAGAAGAAUGGGCGAUGCAGCAGUCACUGCAGCAGUCGCGGCAGCAAACACCCCCAGCACCAGCGCCCGCGCCCGCGCCCGCGCCCGCGCCAGCACGCCAACCACCCCCCGUCCCCAAACUCACCGGCGAAGCCCUCCGCCUCUCGCAAGAAGCAGAGCGCAUGGCGCGCGAGCAAGCCCGCCUCGAAGGCCGCGACUACGUCCCGCCCUCGAGCACCCCCCGCGCCGCCUCCCCCACACCCCCCUCCCCAGACACCGAGACCCCAGCGCUGGACUCGCACCACUCCCCCUACUCAAACUACGCCUUCUCCCGCAGCACCAUCAUGCACCAACCCCCGCCCUCCGACGACCAAUCCUCGAUAACCUCCACCACCCCGUCCGCCGACACCGACACCGACAAGCAGAGCACGAAAGAGAAGAAGACGAAAAAAGAUAAACUCGGCAAGUUCUGCAUGCUCCCGCCCAAAGACGCUCAGGGCCACAAGGAUCCGACGUGGAUCCGCGUAUACAUGGCGGGCAUGGACGAGGUGGCGGCGCACACGAGUCUGUUCUACGUGAAUGAGACGUAUGAGCGGCUGGUGGGGGAUGUGGGGGCACGUGUGGAGGAGUGGGUUGCGGAGGGGGAUAGCGAGAGGGUUGUGAGGGAGUUGGGUGGGGGGAAGUCUUAG